AUGUCAACUUCUAGGUACUCUCAGAUUGAAUCAAACAAUGAUAGUAAGUUAGAAGGAUUAGCCAAUAAGUUAGCUACUUUUAGGAAUAUAAAUCAAGAGAUCGGGGAUCGAGCGGUCUCUGACAGCUCGGUCAUAAAUCAAAUGACAGAUUCACUGGGUUCGAUGUUUACUGAUUUAAAGAAUUCAUCCUCAAGGUUGACGCGAUCAUUAAAGGCAGGUAACGGUAUAUGGAGAAUGGUCGGUUUGGCGUUGUUAAUAUUCUUCAUUCUGUACAUUUUGUUUAAGUUAUUCUAA